AGAGUUCCAAACAAAAUUGUUGUUCUGUAAGCGAAAUUUCGCGUCUCCUUACGGUUUCUAUUCAUACCUAUCCUAUACAAAAUCAAUCCCUAAGAGCUCAAAUAUUCCAAAUUUGCUAACGUUGUCGUAGGCAAUAUGGAACUCUCUAGCUUCUCCUUCCCCGACACCGUUGCCGGAAUCUUCGCCGUCAUCAUCUUUCUCUAUGCUCUCUUAAAGAUAUAUGGAGGAAGAGUCCGUCCUCAUCGGAAGCGACUGCCACCUGAAGCCAGUGGCGCCUUGCCGCUGAUUGGCCACCUCCAUCUUUUAGAUGCAAAUGAACCAGCCCACACAACGUUUGCCAAAAUGGCCGAUGCAUAUGGGCCAAUUUUUACGUUGAGAUUGGGUGCGUACACAAACUUGAUUGUAAGCAAUUGGAAAAUAGCGAGAGAGUGUUUUACUACAAACGACAGAAUCUUUGCCUCUCGUCCAAAGCUCGUGGCCUCAAAGCUGUUAGGGUAUGACUAUGCCAUGUUGGGGUUGAGCCCAUACGGUCCACACUGGCGCCAUGUCCGAAAAAUAGCCAUGCUCGAACUCUUGACGAACCACCGCCUCGAGAAGCUCCAACACAUAAGGGUAUCCGAGGUCCAAACAUCGAUGAAGAAGUUGUAUGAGUUAUGUGUCAGAAACAAGGAUAAUAGCGAGAAGAAAACGUUGGUGGAGAUGAAGACGUGGUUUGGAGAUAUAACUCUCAACACCAUAUUUAGAAUAGUUGUUGGAAAGCGAUUCUCAACGGCGGUGGAUGCCAGUGGCAAUGAUAAUGAAGAGUAUCGAAAGGCAUUGAGGGAUUUCUUUGAAUGGUUUGGAGUGUUUGUUCCUUCAGAUUCGUUUCCGUUUCUAAAGUGGUUGGAUUUGGGUGGACAUGAGAAAGCCAUGAAGAAGACUGCCAAAAUGCUUGACGAAGUGUUUGAUAAAUGGCUUCAAGAGCAUCAACAAAACAGGAAUAAUAUUGGUGAAGAAAAUGUGGAAGAGCAUGACUUCAUGGAUGUGAUGCUUUCUAGAGUUAAAGAUGACGGACAACUUUCUAAAUAUGACGCUGAUACUGUCACCAAGGCUACAUGUUUGGCUCUUAUAUUGGCUGGAUCUGACACUACAACAGUUACAAUGAUAUGGGCUCUUUCUUUACUUCUUAAUAAUCCAGAAGUACUUAAGAGAGCUCAACUUGAAUUGGACGAACAUGUUGGGAGGCAAAGACAAGUGAGGGAAUCUGAUGUAAACAAUUUGUUGUAUCUCCAAGCUAUUGUGAAGGAAACAUUACGUCUCUAUCCUGCAGCACCAAUUCUAAUCCCUCAUGAAUCCAUUGAGGAUUGUAUGGUUGCUGGUUACCACAUCCCGAAGGGAACACGACUCAUAGUAAAUAUUCAAAAGCUUCAAAAAGACCCAGAAAUAUGGAAGGAUCCUUGUGAAUUUCGACCAGAAAGGUUUUUAACAAGUCAAAAAGAUUUUGAUGUUAGAGGACAGAGUCCCCAGUUAAUACCAUUCGGAAGCGGUCGAAGAAUGUGUCCAGGAAUUUUGUUUGCUAUGCAAGUUAUGCAUUUAACACUUGCAAAUUUGCUUCAUGGGUUCAAAAUUAUUAGGCCAUCUGAUGAGCUACUUCUCGACAUGGAAGAGAGUGCUGGAAUGACAAGUAUUAGAAAGAACCCACUUGAAGUUGUUUUAACUCCUCGUCUUCCUGCUCAAGUUUAUGAGUGAUAAUCUUAUUACAAAAUGUAUGUAAAAUUGAAGAGUGAUAAAAACCAAAUGAAACUGAAUCAAAUAGAGAAUGGACAAAAAUAAAGAAACUAUAGCGUUGAUAUUCUCACAAUAAAAUAAACAAGUUUAUGAUAUAGUAAUCGGCUUAAAUUUACUUUAUGAGGAAAAACUUACUGUAAACCAAACGCAUUUUAGUUUGUUUUAAUGUUAGUGUAAUUUAUUUGUUCAA